ACUGGAACAUCAGCUCCCAGGCCCUCAAACAGGAACAUCAGCUCCCCACAGGGUUUCCAGCUGCACAGCCCUCAAAUUGCAACAUCAGUUCCCCGCUGGGCCUCCAGCUGCGCCGCCUCAAACUGCAACAUCAGCUCUCCACUGGGUCUCCAGCAGCACGGCCCUCAACCUGGAACAUCAGCUCCCCCCAACCCGGGUCUCCAGCUCCACAGCCCUCAACCUGCAACACUGGCUACCCACCGGGUCUCCAGCUGCACGGCCCUCAAACUGGAACACCAGCUCCCUGCCGGGUCUCCAGGUGCACAGCCCUUAAACUGGAACAUCAGCUCCCCGCCGGGUCUCCAGGUGCACGGCCCUCAAAAUGGAACAUCAGCUCCCCGCCGGGUCUCCAGGUGCACGGCCCUGAAACUGGAACAUCAGCUCCCUGCCGGGUAUCCAGCUGCACGGCCCUCAAACUGGAACAUCAGCUCCCCACAGGGUCUCCAGCUGCACGGCUCUCAAACAGGAACAUCAGCUCCCCACAGGGUCACCAGCUGCACGGCCCUCAACCUGCAACACUGGCUCCCCACCGGGUCUCCAGAUGCACGGUCCUCAAACUGCAACAUCAGUUCCCCCCGGGUCUCCAGCUACACCGCGUCAAUCUGGAACAUCAGCUCCCUGCCGGGUCUCCAGCUCCACGGCCCUCAACCUGCAACACUGGCUCCCCACCGGGUCUCCAGAUGCACGGCCCUCAAACUGGAACAUCAACUCCCCACCGGGUAUACAGCUGCAUGGCCUUAAACUGGAACAUCAGUUCCCCGCCCAGGUCUCCAGAUGCACGGCCCUCAAACUGGAACAUCAGUUCACCGCCGGGUCUCCAGCUGCACGGCCCUCAAACUGGAACAUCAG